UCGUCAAUUGCUUUUAGUUCUUUGUAGAACGAUUUCAUAGACUUAGAUUUUUACAUGCUUGGUCAAUGUAAUCGCAUUGUUGACUAAACUUGUAACGGUCACCUUUUCACAUAUUUUGCUACCCGGUAAUGGCUUUGUAUGCAACCAUUCAUCGCCGUUCAUUUCCAUGUGUACUUUUCUUUAUUGUAUUUUUAGUGUUUACUUUCUCAGGUCAAAUAUUUGGUUUUAAUAAAUAAACGCAACAUUUAACGGCGGCUUUGAUAUGGAGCAAAUGAAUCAUUUCGUACAGAAAUUUUUCCAUGUUGACUAAAUUACUGGGUGUUGGAAAUGUAAAAUGAUGUGAAUAUUUUUCAUGCUUGAGAAAGAAAUAGACUUUUACCAUGACUAAAGACCUUGAUGUAGACUCCAUAAUAGAGCAACUGCUUACAGCCAAAGAUUCAUCUUCAAAGCAGGUUCAAUUACCCGAAACACAAAUAAGGCAGUUAUGUCAGCUCUCCCGAGAAAUAUUUUUGGAGCAACCCAUGCUAAUCGAGAUCACAGCCCCUGUGACUAUAUGUGGAGAUAUUCAUGGACAGUAUGAAGACUUAAUGAGACAUUUUGAUAACUGUGGAUUUCCUCCAGAGUCAAACUACCUGUUUUUGGGUGACUACGUAGAUCGAGGAAAAAGGUCCCUAGAAACCAUAUGUCUGAUGCUGGCUUACAAAAUCAAGUUUCCAAACAAUUUCUUUUUGUUAAGAGGAAAUCAUGAGUGUGCCUCCAUUAACAGAAUUUAUGGAUUUUACGAUGAAUGCAAGAGAAGAUACAACAUAAAGCUCUGGAAAACAUUCACUGAUUGCUUCAACUGUCUACCAGUGGCUGCACUUGUUGAAGAUACCAUAUUUUGUAUGCAUGGUGGAUUAUCACCUGAUUUAACAGACUUAAAACAGAUAUCUGAACUUGAAAGGCCAUUGGAUGUACCAGACCAUGGUCUCAUUUGUGAUUUACUUUGGUCAGACCCAGAUGAGGACAUCACUGGUUGGGGAGAAAAUGACAGAGGUGUGUCUUUUACCUUUGGUGGAGAUAUCGUUAAGGAGUUUUUGAAGAAGCACAAUUUCAGUCUUGUUGUUAGAGCUCACCAGGUUGUAGAAGAUGGGUAUCAAUUCUUUCAGAAAAGAAGACUGCUGACUUUGUUCAGUGCUCCGAAUUAUUGUGGUGAAUUUGACAAUGCUGGAGCUGUAAUGAGAGUAACUGAUGACCUAACUUGCUCCUUCAAAAUACUUGAGCCAAAGAUUGAGAAGAGUGUGGCAGUAACAAAAGGAAAGAAAUAACUAGGAUCUUAAAGCCAUAAUAUUGACUGUUAGUGUGCAAUCUCACUGAUUUAUUUGUCUUUGUUGAAAAAUCUGUGGUGAUGUGAAAUGUUAUUUAUUAAUCGCAGUUGUUUUGAAAUUAACUGCUUUACAUUGAGAUUUUAUAUGUACAUGAAUAUACAUGUAAAUAUUAUAUACACAAAUAAGAUUUUUAAACAUUAAAACUAGUCUUAAUGAUGAAUGUAUUAUUUCAACACAUUUACUUGUAUUAUAUUUAGGAUAUAAGGUUAUUCUUGUUGUGAUAUCUACUAAAUGCUAAUCAAAACAUGACUUAAAGAUUUUCCAAAUGUUUUGCCAAAAGAAAAUAUUAGUUCAAUUUAAGAUGCUUUACUCUUUUCAGGGUGUUUUUAUUGUUGAAAGUUGUUUCCAAUGUGUCUAUAUGUCAUAAUUUUAAUAUUCCAAGGUCUUGCGUUUAUUGCUUACUAGUACCGGUACAUGUGCUAAAUUCAAAGCAACUUAAACAUUUAACUUGCAUGUAUUGUCCAAGUUAAAAUAGUUCCAGGUUUUUUUCUGUAAUGAUAUCUAGUGUAUUCCAAAGUUUGAAUAAAACGUGUUGAAUGAU